AUGAGCACGCCAAAAAGAAAGCGCGAUUCGAGCAAGGCAGAGAGGUCAUCGAUUCGAAAGUCAAAGAAGAGGGAAAAGCGACUGGUUAUCCGCACAGUUGAUAAUGCACCAACUGUAAAUGAUGAGACUACAGUUGAAUGCGAUGACCCCAUAAAUGACGAUAACCCAAUCGAAGUUGACCCGCCCGCUGAAGCCAAUGUGGCUGAAGAAAUAAAGGCGAACCUCGCAAUGCAUGCCCUCAAUGUGGUGGUCCACAUUGGAAAAAGGACUGCAAAGGCAAGGGGAAAGCUUCUACGAAAAAGCCAGCAGUUGGGAAAGGAGGGAAAAUCGGGGGAGACAGGAAAACAAAGCGAAGUGAGGCGAUACGAAAGCCAUGCUGAGGUUGAAGAGGUUGUGGGGAAGAGUAUAACUUUCCCAAAGGAAUUGGGCCUUAAGAAGGACGAACAGCAGGAAAUUGUGCCAUACCUAGCAGAUGGGCCUAAGGCCUUUUACCUAUCAAACGCUGGCCCUUUCAAAGACCUGGAAAUCCAGGAGCUUAUCGAGGAUAAAUUCGCGGGGCAAAAAUACUGGAUGGGUAAAAAAAUGCUUGGGAGAAUUAAGACUCCCAAACGGUUAUUGAUAUUUGAGAAGAGUCAAGGACUCUACUCGUUCGAGGUCGGGGACAAGGCGGGAUUUUUGCUUCGGUUUAGGGCAAUAAGCAGAACAAAAAAAUGUGGCUACUGUGGGAAGGAACACGAGGGGGGGGCGGGCUCCUGCCCUCUAAUACAACCAUGUGAACCUAGCGCGGAAUUAAAAAAUAGGCUAGUGAGAAUGCCUAUCUAA